ACUCACAACACCACACAGCAAAACAAUGGCAGACGACAUGAAAAUCAACGCACAACGCGCAAAACAGCUGGCGGAAAACCUCGCUAGUAUAUCCUCUCGCGUCAAUGCAGCGAGUAAAGGGAACAAGCAGGUCCGCCUCAUAGCCGUCUCUAAACUCAAACCUGCGACGGAUAUCCUCUCCCUCCACCAAACCCCGUCACCCCUACAUACGCACUUUGGCGAAAACUACGUCCAAGAGCUCCUCGAGAAGUCGAAACUGCUCCCGCGCUCGAUACGCUGGCACAUGAUCGGCGGCCUGCAGUCGAACAAAUGCAAGCAGCUGGCCGAGCAAAUCCCCAACCUAUGGUGCGUGAGCAGCGUCGACAGCGAGAAGAAAGCCAACGAGCUAGAAAAGGGGCGGAAAGCGCUACACGAGAAGGAAGACAGUGAAGUCAAGGACAACGACAAGCUGAAGAUCAUGGUCCAAGUCAAUACGAGCGGCGAGGAGAGCAAGAGCGGUGUUGAACCUGCGGAUACGUUGAAGCUCUGUAGGCAUGUUGUGGAGAAGUGCCCGCAUCUUGAACUCGUGGGGCUGAUGACUAUUGGGGCUAUUGCGAGGAGUAGAGCGACUACGCCCGAGAAUGAGAAUGAGGAUUUUGUCGCGCUGAGGGAGACGAGGGAUCGGGUUGCGAAGGAGUUGGGCUGGGAGGCGGACAGGUUGGAGCUCAGUAUGGGCAUGAGUGCAGAUUUCGAGGGCGCGAUCAAGAUGGGGAGUGACGAGGUUAGAGUUGGGAGCGAGAUAUUUGGCGAGAGACCCGCAAAGAAGGACGCCGUUGUUAAAGAGACAGCGGCGGAGGGUGAAAGCUGAUAAGCAGGUUUAUGCUGAGAAAUGAUACCAGAAGUAAAACAUACGAUGCAUACGCGGUA